AUGUGUGGGCAGAGACAGGGGCUUACGGUCUCCUCCGAGGAGGACCUCCGUUCAGGGACCGUACUCGUCACCGGGCACCGGCAAGGAGGCUGUCCCUGGGCAGGAGGAGGCUGUCCCGGGGCCGGAGGAGGAGGUCAGGAGGAGGCUGUCCCGGAACAGGAGGAGGCUGUCCCCUGGCUGGAGGAGGCUGUCCCGGGGCAGGAGGAGGCUGUCCCGGGGCCGGAGGAGGCUGUCCCGGGGCAGGAGGAGGCUGUCCCCUGGCUGGAGGAGGCUGUCCCGGGGCAGGAGGAGGCUGUCCCUGGGCCGGAGGAGGCUGUCCCGGGGCAGGAGGAGGCUGUCCCUGGGCCGGAGGAGGCUGUCCCGGGGCAGGAGGAGGCUGUCCCGGGGCAGGAGGAGGCUGUCCCCUGGCUGGAGGAGGCUGUCCCUGGGCAGGAGGAGGCUGUCCCGGGGCAGGAGGAGGCUGUCCCGGGGCAGGAGGAGGCUGUCCCGGGGCAGGAGGAGGCUGUUCCGGGGCAGGAGGAGGCGGUCCCCGGGCAGGAGGAGGCUGUCCCGGGGCAGGAGGAGCCUGUCCCCUGGCUGGAGGAGGCUGUCCCGGGGCAGGAGGAGGCUGUCCCCUGGCUGGAGGAGGCUGUCCCGGGGCAGGAGGAGGCUGUCCCGGGGCAGGAGGAGGCUGUCCCGGGGCAGGAGGAGGCUGUCCCGGGGCAGGAGGAGGCUGUCCCUGGGCCGGAGGAGGCUGUCCCGGGGCAGGAGGAGGCUGUCCCCUGGCUGGAGGAGGCUGUCCCCGGGCCGGAGGAGGCUGUCCCGGAGCAGGAGGAGGCUGUCCCGGGGCCGGAGGAGGCUGUCCUGGGGGAGAAGGAUGCUGUCCCGGGGCCGGAGGAGGCUGUUCCGGGGCAGGAGGAGGCUGUCCCCUGGCUGGAGGAGGCUGUCCCUGGGCCGGAGGAGGCUGUCCCGGGGCAGGAGGAGGCUGUCCCCGGGCCGGAGGAGGCUGUCCCGGAGCAGGAAGAGGCUGUCCCGGGGCAGGAGGAGGCUGUCCCGGGGCAGGAAGAGGCUGUCCCGGGGCAGGAAGAGGCUGUCCCGGGGCAGGAAGAGGCUGUCCCGGGGCAGGAAGAGGCUGUCCCGGGGCAGGAAGAGGCUGUCCCGGGGCAGGAAGAGGCUGUCCCGGGGCAGGAAGAGGCUGUCCCGGGGCAGGAAGAGGCUGUCCCGGGGCAGGAAGAGGCUGUCCCGGGGCAGGAAGAGGCUGUCCCGGGGCAGGAGGAGUCUGUCCCCGGGCUGGAGGAGGCUGUCCCGGGUCAGGAGGAGGCUGUCCCGGGGCAGGAAGAGGCUGUCCCGGGGCAGGAGGAGUCUGUCCCCGGGCUGGAGGAGGCUGUCCCGGGUCAGGAGGAGGCUGUCCCGGGGCAGGAAGAGGCUGUCCCGGGGCAGGAGGAGUCUGUCCCCGGGCUGGAGGAGGCUGUCCCGGGGAAGGAAGAAGCUGUCUAG